CCAGCAUCUUGACCGACACGAUUUGGAGUGUGUACAAGCGAGCAAAAAACUUUGUGCACGACCCACAAGAAGGGGAGGUUCACACAGAAGGAGCGUGAGGAGAUCGAAAAGCUUCGGCUGCUUCAUGGCGCGAAGUACUCACUCAUCGCAACGAUGCUCGACCGUGAACCAACCUGCAUCGCAAACUACUUCAGGAAUCAUACGCCGCCGAAAACUAGCAAGCAGUGGACUGUUGGACGCUGGACGCGAGAAGAAGAGCAGAUGCUGCUUGCAGGCAUCAAGGCUGUAGCGAGAACAGACGACCUGUUGACCACAGAGACCAAGAACCUCUCGUGGCAUCGGGUUGCAACACACGUUCCAGGCCGCACGGAUGUACAGUGUUUUGCCCGAUGGGAAGACUCGUUGCAUAGCAAAGUGUACGACACACGAUUUAAAGUGGGGAAAUACUCCUUGGCCCGCAAAAAACAACAUCUCCAGAUGCUUGAACGGAUAGUCGAACUAAAGCCCCAGUCAUUGUGUGAUAUCAAUUGGGCAGAGCUGGCCCUUCAGUUUGAUGUUGCAACAAAUGCACGGAUACUUCGAAGUCAAUUUCACAGGACGAAAAAUCGGAUGGUGAACCCGAAAAAGAAGUCAUUUGAAGAUGUCAUGGGUUUCAUCAAAACCAUUUUCAUUCCCAAACUCAAGACUGAAAUCGAGGUCAAGCUAGCCAAAAAAUAAUGCUGGAUAAUGCCUUAGCCACUUACCACAUAUACUAUCUAUAACUAGUAAUGUCUAUUGCCAAUGUGACCUUUAUGCAGCAGGUGCAUGUACGUUGAUUUUAUUUGUACACCAACAUACAUAAUUUGAAUCUAAUAUACUGUCUAUAGUUAGUAAUGU